UAGAUUGCCGUUACUUGAAUAUCAUCCUGUUUUCCUUGUAUGAAAGACCCCCUGAAUAUAAACUACUGCUUUAUAUUGAUAAACAGGAGCACCAACAUAUUAGAGGAUCAUUCGUUGGGAAAGCUGACAACUCUGAUUUGUUUUUAGAUAGGUAGUUCGUUGGAGAAGUUGAACACUCGGAUUUGUCCUUAGAUAGAUCGUUCGUUGGAGAAGUUAACCACUCGGAUUUGUCAUUACAUAUAUCAUUCGUUGGAGAAGUUAACCACUCUGAUUUAUCAUUAGAUGGGCCAUUCGUUGGAGUGGUUGUAUAUUCUGAUUUGUCUUCCUAUGCCUGUGACUUGUGAGUACAAUCACGUACUCUUUUCCCAGUAUAACAGUAAUGAAGGACUGAAUUCAUCACAAACACUCCUUUACCCGGGAAGUCUCAGCGUUCAUCAGUGUGCAGUAUUGUGUACAGAGCAUCCGUGUUGUCUUGGGUAUCUUUACAAUUGGGACAACCAUCAAUGCAUUCUAGAACUGAGAAUGUCACAAAGAGGAGACAACUUGAGUCCGAUGGUAUUCCUUCCAAAUGACGACAGACAACAGCGUUUUCGAAGAGGAUGUGCACCAAGUUGGAUAGAGUACCAGGGUAAUUGCUAUUAUCAAGGUGAAACGAGAGUCAGUUGGACAGACGCCAAGGUGGAGUGUGAGAAGAGAUGUUCUCAUCUUGUGGAGAUUGGCGAUAAAGAAAAAUCAGAUUGGCUUGCUGCCACAUUUCUUUCCAAAAGCACUUGUCCUACAAAUAUUUUUAUCAACUGUACAGCUUGGACUGGAGGAAAUGAUGUCGAUGUUGAAGGUCAAUAUCGAUGGAGCUACUCCAAUGUGACCAUAACGUUCACAGCCUGGUACAGAAAUGAACCGAGUGUAGGUUAUCCAGCGAGGGCAAAGGAGAGAGACUGUAUUGACCUACUUAGAAAUGGCAAAUGGAAUGAUCGAUCUUGUUCUUACCUUAAUCCAUUUAUUUGUGAAAUGUCCUAUGGACAGUAGAAUAAAAUUCCAAGUUUCUAGUUGUU